AUGUCGCGGCAAGACAAGCAAACUACGGAGAGGCACGCGCGCACACUACGUGAGCUAGUCAAACAGCCUGAUAAUAAACUGUGUGCCGAUUGCAAAAAGAAUGAUGCGAGAUGGGCAUCUUGGAACAUUGGCGCGUUCGUUUGUAUUCGGUGUUCUGGGAUCCAUCGUAGUAUGGGAACCCAUAUUAGCAAAGUAAAGUCCGUGGACCUCGAUGUUUGGACCCCCGAGCAGAUGGCGACUAUUGCCAAGUCAAUCCAAAAAUGGGGAAAUCGACGAGCUAAUUUGUACUGGGAAGCACAUUUGAAACCUGGACACCAACCCCCCGAUCAUAAAAUGGAAUCUUUUAUUCGUUCCAAGUAUGAAUCAAGGCGCUGGGCGAUGGAAGGACCUCCCCCAUCCGAUCCAAGUGUGCUGGAUGGAUCCUCGGCGAACGCACCUGAACCAGCUCCUGCUGCUCCGGCCCCAGUAGCAUCCCCUCCGCUUCCUUCGCCUCCUGCGGUAUCCAGAAAUCCACAACAGCACAAUCUACUAUCCACCUCUCUUGCCUCUCGAACAUCGCGCCCCGCUGUUCCUCAAGCAUCUCAACCCCAGGCCCAAGUUGCUGCCCCAGUCGCGCCUCCGGCUCCAGCAGCACCUCAGAAUGAUCUGUUUAGUCUUGACUUCCAUGCUCCUACUCCCCCAGCGCAACCCCAACCCCCCAAGAAUACCAAGUCCGACAUUUUAUCACUUUAUUCUUCAGGGAACGCGUCCGGUUCCACAGGUGUAGGAGGUACAGGAGCCCUGGGGGGGUUAGGUGGUUUUGGGCAACCAGUACAACCUCAGGCUGCACCCCAAAGCACAAGUAUGAUGGGUGCAACUGGAGUGGGACUGUGGGGGGUGCAGUCAGGCUGGACACCUCAACAGCAACCACAGCAACCCGCGAAUGACAUGUGGGGCAACUUUGGGAGCGCGCCCCAACAGCCCGCCCAAUCCAACUCUCUAUUUGGUGCACAGGAUCCAUGGGCCAGCCAAGCAACAGCACCGGCAGCCCAACCUGCGGACCCUUUUGGUAACGUAUGGGGAGGGUCAACCAAUGGUAACGCUCCCGCAGCCAAGAAGGAUGAUGCUUUUGGCGAUCUGUGGGGUGGAUUCAAGUGA